AUGAAACAAAAAAAUUCGACAGCAGGCUUGUCGGCAGUGGCCGGAAUUCUGAAACGUCGGGUGCAGCACAUCUACAACUUUCCAUUGGACUGUCAUGGCUUUUAUGCGAUGGAUGCCGUGAGCGCUCUGGUACGGGCAGGACUUGCUACAAAUGAAGAAGAAGCAGUCGCUCUGGGGCAGUCGCUGGAACGAUUGGGGUUCAUCAAGAACAUGAAGGGCGACGACACGUUUGCGGAUACUCGACAAUUUUAUAGCUUUCUGGGGGAACACAGUUAUAGGGAGGACACAGACUACGAUAGUCAUGAUACUUGGGCAGCUGAAGUAAAUGAAGCCAAUGACUUGUUAUGGACCAAACUGGAACCCAAGGACCACAAGUAUCAUCGACGGACGUAUCAGGAUACCUUUUUGGGAACGGAAGUGGUCAGCCUAUUGUUAGUGUCUGGGUUUUCAUCCUCACGAGAAGAUGCCCUUUUGCUAGGUAGAGCCGUGGAACACGCUUGCAGUUUAUUCCGACACGUUACCAAUGAUCACAUUCUGGAAGACAAGGAGUUAUUUUAUGUUUUCAACCAGCUAACAAGACACAAGGCCAAAUGCUCAGGCCACUUUUCAUAG